CAGCGUGGAGCCAAUGAAUUCAAUCUCAAAGUUGCAUCUGAAGAUGAGUCCUUGAGCGGAGUCUUCCAUUACUCAAGCCGAGCCGCGAGAGAAAGCAGGGCAGGCUACAGCAUCGGCGCAAGAACCACGCUGCAGUACCACUCGCCACGCCCGCUGCAGAACAGCCCGCCUUCUCUUCUUGCUCAAUGCCACACCCAGUCACGGGGAAGCUAAGUGGCCACCUUAUGCAUAUGAGAAUCCGGUUGCAAUGUUGCACUCAAAUGAGGUCCCGGCGCUCUUCACGCAUGCCGCACUGGUCCGGGUUUCGAGUGCUAUAAUAGAGUCUCUUCCUUCAACUCUCCCCAACCACACUCAAACGACCGCCCGCAUUAGCAUCUAUACACCAUGUCUUCAACAGCUGCACCCAAAUCAAUCGUCCACGGACCGUCCCACCCCCCUCUGAAGCUCUGCACAAUCGGCCAGCUUCUCCGCCAACAGGCCGACCUAGUCAACUCCCGCGAAGCGGUCGUUGAAUUCCAGUCCGGGGCACGAUUGACCUACCACGACCUCGAGAUUAGGACCAAGCAAAUCGCGCGAGCCCUAAUAGCCUACAGGGUUCAACGCGGCGAUCGGGUUGCUAUCUUCCUUGGAAACUGCGAAGUCUACGUGGAGAUUUUCUUUGCGGUUGCCAGGAUCGGGGCGGUGGCAGUCUUGCUUCACGGGACGUAUACCCCAAAUGAGGCGCGGAAUGUGUUGCGGACCACCGAAUGCUCUACCCUGUUCAUCUCAUGUGGUCUGGGCAAUAGAGGCUCUCGUGCCUUCCUGAGUAACCUCGAAGAGUCCAAUAAGUCACUGGCUGUCGAUGUGCCAUCGGUGAAGCGCAUUGUCUUGGUUCAUGACGAUCACCCAGACGCCAGUUACUUGACUUCUUGGAAGUCAUUUCUCGUCUGUGGAGAUACAGUGAGCCCGACGCGGCUCAGCCAGCUCGAGGAUGAGGUUGGCCGUGACACAGUAUGCUGCUUCCUCUUGACGAGCGGCACCACCGGGGUCCCCAAGGUAGCUAUGUUGACACACGCGAACAUCAUCAACAAUGCCUUUCUGGCAGGGAAUCACAUUAACCUGACCGAGGAAAGUAUCAUCUGCAACCCACUGCCCCUGUUUCAUUCCGGGGGUCUGAUACUAGGCCUCAUGACAUGCGUCGUCCAUGGAGCCUGCAUCGUAUUCCCAGCGCCAAGUUUCAGUGCAUCUCGCACCCUCGAUUGCCUCUCAGCAGAAAAGUGCACUGGAAUGCAUGGCGUCCCGACCAUGUUCGCUGCGGUCCUUCGCUACAGGCACCUGCAGCCCAUGAAAUGUCCUAUCCGGCUCCGAACUGGACUCAUAGGAGGUAGCGCUCCUUCAGAGGCACUGUGGCUUCAGAUCAAGGAUGAACUUGGUGUCGAAGAUUUUUCACUCGGAUACGGAAUGACCGAGACAUCGGGUGCUGUCUUCUUGUCGAAGCCAGAUUUCGCGGAUGCGACUCGAAUACCACGCUCCCUGGUGAUUUUGCCUCACACCAGCGCGAAGGUGGUUGACAGCGGGGGCGAGAUCGUGGCAGUCGGACAACGCGGCGAGCUGUGUGUCUCGGGCUACCUUGUCCAGAAGGGAUAUUUUAACAAUGUAGAGAAGACGCGUGCGGCUAUGGCGCAUGACAGAAACGGUACACUGUGGAUGCGGACGGGCGAUGCAGCAUUUUUCGACCGCGAGGGAAACUGCCAUGUGACCGGUCGCAUCAAAGACAUUAUUAUCCGAGGAGGAGAGAACCUAUAUCCAACUGAAAUCGAGGAUCGGUUGAGCGAGCAUCCCUCCGUGCAAGGGGCUUGUGUAGUUGGACUGCCGGACGACUACCUGGGCCAGGUGGUGGCUGCUUUCAUGCAGGAGGAACCAGGAACAGAACGGCCAUCCGACAAGGAGCUGGCUGAAUGGGUCCGCUUGAGUCUGAGUUACCAUAAGGCUCCGGCCCGGGUCUUCUGGCUGGGAGAUGAUGAUCUACCCCGAGAGUUUCCUCUGUUGGGAAGUGGCAAGAUUCGCAAGAACGUGCUCGAGGAGAUUGGGUGUCAGAAACUGCGUGCAAAGAAUGCAUCGGAUGUUUAGUGUUGUAGUCUUGUGAGUGAUGAGGACCAAGAGGCCCUGGAUAAAGGUCAGUGGAGAGUUCACCCAUCGGG